CUAUAAUGCGCGAAGCUAGCUAAUGGAGAAAACGUGUAUUUUACUGAACACACAUACACCAUACAAUAUACACUGUACAUGUACAUCGCGCGCUGAGAUAAAUAAUCUACUCAGCGUAGUCUGCAUUAUAUUUGUACGCAAUCUUGUUAAUUUGCCCCUCUGAGCUGUCUGGAGAAGAAAACGCUGAUGAAGAGAGGGGAGCAAAAUGGCGAGCUCGUCAAGUACCCAAUCGGAAGCAGACAAUCAUGAGAAAAGACGACAGCUGAGACAAGAUUAUCGAAACCUGAUUGCAGAAACGCAGAGAAAUCGACAGGAUUUGAUCCAGCCUGAGUCAGAUGGGUUGAAGAACACACUUGACAGAGCAGACACGCUGUUUACUCAAGUAACAAAAAGCAAAUGUUCCAGGGAGGCAGCGUUAGAUGCUCAACUCAUGGUGCUCGUGUCAUCACUUGGUCAUGAACAAGCCCAGAAACUGCACUCAGAUUUCCACACAUUUGACCCAUCAGAGUUUGCUGAAAAGCUGAUUACUUUUAUGGGUGACAGACGAAUACGUAAUGAGGAAGGUGAAAGGAGGAAUGUGCCAUUUCCAAAGGAGGGAUGGAGUAAAUUAGGACGGGCAGCUAAAUCGUGUUUCAGACGAGCCCCAGCAUUCCAUUUUAUGCUUGGAUCUUUUGAAAGAGGCGAGGCCCCAGUCAAGACAAGAAAACAAAGUGCUGCUCGACAGAAGGAGAAAGACAGUGGUCCCGCAGUUGUUCCUAAACAGGUUCAGUCCAUGGGUAAAAGUCAUCAGGAGGUCACUACGGAGGAAGUAGAGAGAAUGCUGGGAAUUCUUCAUCAAGUCACUAACUUUGACCAGGAAGAUCAGUCCGAAGUUGAACCGGUGUCCUUAUUUGAGUUCGUGAUCAACCCUCACUCCUUCAGUGAAACAGUAGAGAACAUAUUCCAUCUUUCCUUCUUGGUAAAGGAUGGCCAUGCAGAGGUUAGAUUAGAUGAUGACAGGUUACCAAUCAUUAUUCCCACAACACCUUACGUUGAGGGGCAGACAAAUGAACAAGUGGAUCGAAAACAAGUCAUGAUCUCACUGGAUAUGCAACAAUGGAAGGAAAUUGUCAAUGUAUUUGAGAUAAAGGAACCCCUGAUCCCUAGACGAUCUGGCCCCAGCACUGACAUAAAUGGCAUCGAUCGAGAUCUUGAGGAAGUAGAGAUCAACAGUGAAGAACCGCUGCGCAAAAAAAAGGCUCAUGGCUCAAGUCGACCAUCCAAGACCAAGUAGCAGAUGAGAGAGAAGAAAGCUCUUACUUUUGCAGUCAACUUGCCAUGUCCAGGCCAGUCUAUGAAUCCAUUUGGUUUUCAAAAGAGUA